AUGGACGGACGUCCUCAGCGUUCGGUUGAACAGAUCGAGGUGAUCGAACAUCAUGUGGUUGAAGAGGGUCGACGCCCUAUUGGAGCUAUUGGAACUACUGCAGCGUUGCCUCCAUACAGUACGGUACGGCGAUCGACAGAGAGCUAUGAGACAAGAGAUGUUCCCUUAGAUCGAAGGUACGAUUAUACUGGAGAACGAGAUGUGAGCCGUGAAGCAUCUUUUUUGCACACGUCUGCCAGUGAGUGUAUAUACCGAGAUUCUUUAUCCCACAAACCUCUAAAAUUUGACUAUUAA